CAAUCAAUCAUGGAGAACAUGAGAGGAAGAAGAGGGAUUGCAGAAAGACCCUCCACGCGUCAGCUUGUGUAUGAAGACUUCCAACCAAUUGCUGAUUGGACCAAUGAUUCAAAUAGCCAUGUCCUCCUUGUUGAUCUUCCAGGUUUCAAGAAAGAAGAGGUGAAGCUAGAAGUGAACAGCAACAGUAUUGUAACGAUCAGUGGAGAGAGGCAGUUGAGCGAAAACAUAUAUAAACGUUUCAAAGAGAAUUAUAGCUUACCCGUAGAUUCAGAUAUUGAUAAAAUCAGUGGUAAAUUUGAUGGUGGCCUCCUCUUCGUAAUCAUACCAAAGAAAGUAUAUGAGAUAGAGGAAGAACCAAAGGAGCAGCAUCUCAUCGCAGACAGAAUUGCGGAACAGAACAAACAAGAAACUUGCAAAAUUGAAGAGAAACCAAAGAAAGAUGGUAAAGACACUAAUGAUCAUAAAAGUGAUCACGGCAAUGGCAUUCCUGAAGAAGGGAAAAGAGAAGUGAGUAAGAAAACUGAGGGAAAAGGUGGAUUAAAUCAAGAUAGAGGAAAGAAGUAUGAGAUAGGGAUUAAGAUUGGUUCUGUAGGAACUGCAAUUGAGAUGAUUGGUAGGAACAAAGGGAUAGUUUUAGCUGCUGUUUUAGGAUUUUCAGUUGGAAUGUAUUUAUCUCAUAAACUCAGAUGAACUAAUUAACCUGUGAACAAUCCUUUUACCCCCUACUUGUUUCUCUUGUCAAGUACCAAAAAGAAUGUGGCUGGGGGUGGAGGAAGAUGAUUUGUCCUCAUUGUUGUAAGUUCGUCACUGACGUGUCGAUCUCUCUCUAAUUAACAUGUCCCACUUGUGAUUGUAUGAAAUAAUGACUUUGUACA